GAGCUCACUGCAGAAGUGAUGGACAGGCGCUCAAAGUUCAUCGAGGCCGCACAGCGAUACUACACACUGUCACUCAAAGCGGGCGAGGGACAUUCUGAUUGGACGAGCCGAUGCCUCCAGCGCGCCAUUAACUGUGUUGUCUUAUCGGCUGCCAGCAAAUCAAGGUAUGUCAAAAUGCCACCUUAG